AUUGGACCGCGGGGCAGGUAGGUCACUUGAGCUCUCUUUCUGGUCCCUACCCCUAGUCGUGGACGCUCAAUUUGAUUCGCCGAAACAGUGAUCUAUCUGAAGGCUUCCCAUAAUAAUUGGAUUAAAAACGAGGACGUCACCACCACCUCCCGCAGAGGCGGGCCAAGUGGGGGGACCCGCCCCCAGAAGACAGCGAUUGGAGGGAGAUUUGUUUUCUCUAUGACUGGUUGGUGAGAAAAGCAUUUUCCCCCACCCAAAAGUUUGGGCAUGUGACCAGUCAACUUUCACCUUGGAGAGUCCGUCAUCGGAUUUCCCCUUAGCAACCAGACAGUCGCGUUAUCCUCCCCUAGCAACCGGGCAAACUUCUUUCAGGCUGAAACGAGACGGAGGUUAGAGCUCCGGAAGGAGUUCUAAGCAUCGGUUCUCUGCUCUAUCUACAAUCAAGCCCGUAACAGGGUAACUAAGAUUGGAAGAUGAUUCGGUUAUAUGAUGCUAUAGAGCCAAAUGUGAUUGAUGAAGAGUUGCUUAAAUUGGCCGUGGAAGAACAGGGGCCUCAAGAAGCAGCAGGACAAGUAGCGAAACAGGAGGGCAUUAAUUUCAAAGAUGUCAAAAGUCUGAAGCUGGAUUUUCAAAACAUCCUCAGGAUUGACAAUCUAUGGCAGUUUGUGAGUCUGACAAAAUUACAGCUAGACAACAACAUCAUUGAGAAGAUAGAUGGAUUAGAAAGUCUAGUUAACCUGGUCUGGCUUGAUUUAUCUUUCAACAACAUUGAGUCAAUUGAGGGCCUAGAUACUCUAGUUAACUUAGAAGAUCUGAGCUUAUUCAGCAACCGAAUUGCCAAGAUGGAUGCUAUGGACUCAUUAGUAAAGCUACAGGUCUUUUCCAUAGGGAACAACAUACUUGAUAACCUCCUUAAUGUCAUCUAUCUGAGGAGAUUCAAGUUUUUACGUUCACUGAACCUUGCUGGGAAUCCCAUCUGUGAGGAGGAAGAUUACAAGUUGUUUGUCACUGCUUAUCUUCCUGAUCUAGUAUACCUGGACUUCAGGCUCAUUGAUGCACACACGAGAGAACUUGGUGAUACAAAAUAUCAGUACAGUAUUUAUGAACUGAAGCAUCGGGAGAAUCAGAUCCAGAUCAAACUUGAAGAGGAGCAGGCAAAUAUAGCAGAGCUGGAAAAGCACAAGGCUGCUUACGUUGAAUACCUGAAUGGUCCUUAUCUUUUUGACAGCCUUUAUUUAGAGGACAUUGAGGCUGCCAAACUAGCUUAUUUACCAGGAGUUCCAGAGCUACUGGAGACAUACAAAACCAAAUUCGUUGCAGUUUGCCAGAGCCUAUUUGACUAUGGCUUGAUACAGCAAGAAAAGAGAAAAGCAGAAGUUGCCCUCUUUUAUGAAUGUCUUGAAGAGGCCCUUCAAGACAAUCGAGCACAAGGCUUGAAAACAAUUGAUGAUUUUGAAAAGAUACAUUCUGAGCUUUUGAAUACCAUUCGAAAUGCAAGUGAGCUACAAGUUGUGGAUACUAAAAUGAAUGAAUGUGCUGAAGAAAUCAAUCGGUUGUUUGAUGUACUCAUGACUUUAGAAAUGCAGUUGGUUGAACAGUUAGAGGAAUCUAUAAAUAGCUUUGAAAGGAACAUUAUAGACAUAGUGGGAGUAUUUGUUGAAAAUGUACAAGGCCUGAUGGCCCAGUGCCGUGACCUAGAAAACCAUCACCACGAGAAGCUUCUGGAGAUCUCCAUAAAUACCCUGGAGAAAAUAGUCAAGAGUGAAUUUGAUGAGGACCUGCCAGAUGAUGUCCGAGCGCUUUUUUCUGACAAAGAUACAGUGGUUAAUGCAGUUGGAGCAUCACAUGACAUCCACCUUCUGAGGAUAGACAAUAGAGAAGAUGAAUUAAUAACCAAAGUCACCAGUUGGUGUACAGCUAUAGUAGAUAAGGUUCAUAACGAUGAACACGACAGGAACCGAAAACGAGUGAAGGAAAUCAAUCAGUAUGUUGACUAUUUGCAGAAUGAACUGGACAACUUCGAUUUUGGUGACCUGGUGGAUUAGGAACUACAAAUUCUCCUUCAAGAGGGAAAAAUCUGUGUUCUGUGCUUCCUUCUGAAAAUAAGUUGAAUAAAAAUCCUAUCAUGGAAAGACUCAUACCAGUCACCCUGGAGGAAGAUGAAAAAAGCAGCUCAUAAUAAUUGUCAUAAACUUUAUUAACUAAUAAGGAAAAACAAGUAGGUAGAAUUUUGAGAUCUACCGGCCAACCAUCACACAAUCUUUGGAAUAUGUAAUACAUAGGAAAAAGAAGUUAUUUCUUUAAAUUUAAAAGCAUUUGGGGUCUUUGAUAUUUACCUGUUGAAAUAAUAAUAUAGUAAGUGAAAAUAAAAGAGAAUAAGUAAAUAGCUUGUAUUUAAGCUUCUUUCAUUAGUAAUCAUGCUUAUGUUAAACAUUAAUCAAAAUGGGCUAUGGAAGGGAAGAGAAUUUAUGGUAUCAUGGCCUUAUUACAGGCCAAGUGAAGAACAAUGAAUUUGGCAUUUUGAAAUAUGGAUUUGGGGCCCAGUUUUGCCACUUAGUAGCUAUGUGACACUGGACAAGUCUUA